AUGUUUGGAAGCAUUGAUCAGGACCUCGAAAAGGCACCGCAGCUUGGCAAUAUUCCCAUCGACGAUAGUAGCGAUUGUGCUAUUCCCGGGGAGAGCUUUGCCUACGGCAGUUCGCUCUGUGCAAAGAUCCAACGACUGGCAGGAAAGCUCAACAUUGAGCAAAGAGGCAUUGAGCGGGUGCCAGAAAAUGAACAAACAGAUACGUCUUAUUUCAAUAUUAGCAGCAUGUGGCUGGCAGCCAACAUGGUGGUCAGUUCUUUCGCCAUCGGAGUGCUAGGGAAAUCCAUUUUUGGCCUCGGAUUUGUCGACGCCAUCCUGGUCGAUCUUUUCUUCAAUCUUCUGGGCAUCAUGACUGUGUGUUUCUUCUCCUGCUUCGGACCUGUCUUCGGUCUCCGGCAAAUGGUGCUCUCGAGAUUUUGGUUUGGUUGGUGGGCAACCAAAUUCAUUGCUGUCCUCAACAUUUUGGCCUGUGUGGGCUGGUCUGCCGCUAACGCCAUCGUGGGCGCCCAGCUUUUACACGCCGUGAACAGUAACGUGCCAGGGUUUGCAGGGAUUCUGAUCAUUGCCUGCUGCACACUCUUUAUUACCUUUGCUGGAUACAAAGUGGUCCAUAUGUAUGAGUACUGGAGCUGGAUUCCCACCUUCAUUGUCUUCAUGAUUGUACUCGGCACCUUUGCCCACUCAGGAGAUUUUCGAAAUCUUCCGAUGGGCGUUGGAACUUCUGAACUUGGCGGUUGCUUGUCCUUUGGCUCCACCGUGUAUGGUUUCGCUACCGGAUGGACCAGCUAUGCUGCUGAUUACACUGUAUACCAGCCCGCCAAUCGCAGCCGCCGCAAGAUCUUUCUGUCCGCCUGGCUCGGACUCAUAAUUCCCUUGCUAUUCACCCAGAUGCUGGGCAUUGCAAUCAUGACCGCAACCUCGAUCGAUAACGGUAACAACCGGUACCAAAUUGGGUAUUCAACGGCUGGAAACGGUGGCCUGCUGGGUGCUGUCCUGGCGCCACUUGGGGGAUUUGGCAAGUUUUGCCUAGUCAUUCUUGCUCUUUCCAUCAUUGCAAAUAACUGUCCCAACAUCUAUUCCGUCGCCCUUACCCUUCAAGUACUGAGCCGCUAUACCCAGAGAGUUCCUCGAUUUAUCUGGGUGUUCCUGGGCUCGUGCGCCUCUGUGGCUAUCGGAAUUCCGGGAUACUCCCAUUUCGAGACUGUUCUGACCAACUUCAUGAACUUCAUUGCCUAUUGGCUGGCUAUAUACUCCGGUAUCUCACUUACCGACCAUUUUGCCUUCAAACGUGGGUUUUCGGGAUAUCGUCCUGAACUAUACGACAAGCCCAGCAAGCUCCCCAUCGGAAUCGCCGCGGCUCUCGCGUUUGGCUUUGGUGUUGCUGGUAUGGUCACUGGAAUGAGUCAAACGUGGUGGGUGGGUCCUAUCGCGCUGAAUGCAGGUUCUGCUCCUAGUGGUGGUGAUGUUGGCUUUGAGUUGGCCUUUGGUUUCGCAGCGGUGUCAUACCUUGUCCUACGGCCAGUUGAGAUGAGGAUAUUUGGUCGGUAG